GCUCGCUCGCUAGGCCACCCGCUAAGGGGAUUCCGGUCCGCGGCGGGGCGCUGGCGGCGCACGAGGGAAGAGGGGAAGGGAGCCGCGCGAGGACGCGCAGCGUCAGGCACCUGCCAAGCUGCUCCGCUCCCUGGCACCCAGGCCAGUAAGGGACAGCUACUGGGUGCUGGCGAGACCAGAUAAGGAGCUGCCGCGGAAAACCAAGAUGUUACAGUGGAUCUUUGGCCUUCAGGGCUCACUGCGGGGCAAAUAAGGUCUCUGGCUGGUUGGCUCUAGGCCACGAGGCAGAAUGACCAUGGAGAUGGCAUACGAGCCCCUCAAUGGCAGCCAAGUGUGGCUGGCCUCUCCCUUUGACCUCAAUGGCUCUGGGGUGGCAGCCAACAGCUCGAACCAGACAGAGCCCUACUAUGACAUGACCAGCAAUGCGGUGCUCACAUUCAUAUACUUCGUAGUCUGUAUCAUUGGGUUGUGUGGCAACACGCUUGUCAUUUACGUCAUCCUCCGUUAUGCCAAGAUGAAGACCAUCACCAACAUUUACAUCCUCAACCUGGCCAUUGCAGAUGAGCUCUUCAUGUUAGGGCUCCCGUUCUUGGCCAUGCAGGUGGCACUGGUCCACUGGCCCUUUGGCAAGGCCAUCUGCCGGGUGGUCAUGACGGUGGAUGGCAUCAAUCAGUUCACCAGCAUUUUCUGCUUGACAGUCAUGAGCAUUGACCGCUACCUGGCUGUGGUCCACCCCAUCAAGUCGGCCAAGUGGAGGAGACCCAGGACAGCCAAGAUGAUCAAUGUGGCUGUGUGGGGAGUUUCUCUGCUGGUCAUCUUGCCUAUCAUGAUAUAUGCUGGGCUUCGGAGCAACCAGUGGGGGAGAAGCAGUUGCACCAUCAACUGGCCAGGUGAAUCUGGGGCAUGGUACACAGGGUUCAUUAUCUACGCUUUCAUCUUAGGGUUCCUGGUUCCCCUCACCAUCAUUUGUCUUUGCUACCUGUUCAUUAUCAUCAAAGUGAAGUCUUCUGGAAUCCGAGUGGGUUCCUCCAAGAGGAAAAAGUCUGAGAAGAAGGUCACGCGAAUGGUGUCCAUUGUGGUGGCUGUCUUCAUCUUCUGCUGGCUCCCCUUCUACAUAUUCAAUGUCUCCUCCGUCUCUGUGGCCAUCAGCCCCACCCCAGCCCUUAAAGGUAUGUUUGACUUUGUGGUGGUCCUCACCUAUGCUAACAGCUGUGCCAACCCCAUCCUCUAUGCCUUCUUAUCUGACAACUUCAAGAAGAGCUUCCAGAAUGUCCUGUGCUUGGUCAAGGUGGGUGGCACAGAUGAUGGGGAAAGGAGCGACAGCAAGCAGGAUAAAUCCCGGCUGAACGAGACCACAGAGACCCAGAGGACCCUCCUCAAUGGAGACCUCCAAACCAGUAUCUGAACUGCCUGGAAAACAAAAGCACAGAGAAGCCAAGCUCUGCCCCUGGGCAGUGGGCUCUAUUCUCAGACCCUCUUCCUCCCACCCAUCACUCUGACUUCUUGAAUAAAGGAUUGCUCAGCAUGAGCCUAGUACAGAGAACAGGGUCAGAGCUGGUCUGAUUGAAUGAUAACAUAUCACAUUGAUCACCUCCCCCUUAAGGUGACAUUUAAAUCCAGGCAGACAAUUCAAAAGUCUGGAGAAGAGGAGAUCACCCCUGGGUAUGACCUUGAGAAAUGCUGAAGCUUAACAAAAAUAGGAAAAAAAACCCUACUCAUGUGUUUGUGUGCUUAAAAACCAAUAUGUAAUCUUGUGUUGUGAUAUUUAUACUUGUAUUAUUCCUAUCUAUUCUUUGUAUAGUUGCUACCUUCAUUUUCUUCAUGCACAUAUGCAAGUAGCAAAGUCAACUGUGCAUAGACAUUCACCACAAUAUGGAACUAAAGAAAUGGACUUAGCAUGAACCCAAUGAACCCUUACACUUCAGGGCUCUCUCUGGCAGUGUGGGCAUACGGUCAUGAUUUUGUUUAAAAAAAAAAAAUGUGAAAGUAAAAUACUUUGGUUUUUUUUUUUUUUUUUUUUUUUCUUUUAGGAGGGGCCCUUUUUAAACUGUAUACACUUCCAGCCUCACAGGAGCUACCUGUGCCUUAGGGUGUUUGCUUCAUUAAAUUCAGGGAAGUUAGAUCAAUUCAGGAGAUGGGAGAAGAUAUUUGGUGGCCCAAAAUAUAAAUCCACGAGAUUCCUCCUCCUCGGUGUAAUCAGUUAUUCGCACACACCCCAGGCCGUCAGCAGCUGUGGUCAUCAGUCACUAUUUAUGAAGACGAAGCUGGCUUUGUGAUAAGACUGCCUUCUCCUUCUCAGGUUGGCUUGGUCUUUAGGAAACCACAGAGAGGAAAAGUCACUAACCUGAAAGGCAAAAAAUAAAAAGACUCUGAUUCUCGUGGGGAAACAAUUUUCUCUCCUUCCCACUGUGAAAAUAAGUGAGGACGAAGCAAAAUUAUACCUUUAUGAGAAACUAUGAGAAAGUUUUUUUUUUCCUUUUAAUGUUGGACACUGCUUUCUAAUGUAACUCAACAACCCCUCAAAGGGUUUUUAAAAGGAUUUUAUACAAAACUAGGCUUUUAGAAAAUCACUAUGCAUAUUAAAGAUCUAAGGACAUUGUUCAUAAAACAAAAACACACAUAUUGGCCAAUAAAUAUUCAGCAUGGGGAGUGUGCAGGUGUAAGUGUGAGUGAGUGUGUGUGUGUGUGUGUGUGUGUGCGUGUUGAAAGGAGCCCCAGCCUUUGGCAGUAUUGCUACCUGCCCUUCUUUGCUGACUGUAUACAUUUCAAGCAUUAUAUGUUUAAUGUUAUGGACUCUGAGAUUCUUCGCACAGAGGACUUUUGUUGCUCAAACUGUAGAGAGGUUUGUACACAAGUGAUAAGAAGGGAAAGUGUCCCAUUUUGUCGACUGAUCACAGUUGCCAGGGCUUUGAAGAAACAUACACCCAGCAUUUGCAAGAUGCCAUCAUCUCCAGGUUUCUAUGAAAGUAUGACUCUUAACAUCUGGCAUAUAGAUUUUACCAUAUUUAAAAAUGAGCUUUCUUCUCCUGACUAUCUAAGCAAGUGCUGUUUGAAGGUCAGAACGACUAAGUGUCCCACCUGUGGCUUCCGUGUUAAUGCACUGCUUUCAUUCCUGCUGCCUAUAUCAUUCACCUCAUUCCCCAAAGUAUUUACUGUGGUUUAAGAAACAUGUUCAAUUUGA